ACGAAUUAGUCAAAUAUUUGUUAAUGUUAUAAUAUUCUAAAAUAUAUUUACGUUUUUUUCAUAUUUGACUUUUAGUCGUAAUUUUAAAUUUACCUGUUUAAAAAGCCCAAAAUGGCUGUGGCUCCUGCUUCAAUCGAGGCUGAAUUUGCCAGACGGUUAGCUGGAAACGAUAAAAGAUGUAGGGAUAAAGCUCUGAAGAAAUUAAGACAGUUUCUCAAUCUCAGAUCGGCAAAAACAGAUGGUGGAUUCACGAGAAUUGAGAUGCUGAGUAUCUGGAAAGGAUUAUUUUACUGCAUGUGGAUGUCUGAUAAACCUCUUGUACAAGAAGAUCUUGCAAAUAAAAUAUCAGAUCUUUUGCCAGGGCUUUCCAAUAUAAAAACAGCGAUGUUAUUUUUUGAUACAUUUCUUGAAACCAUGCAACGUGAAUGGAAGGGAAUAGAUAGACUUCGGAUGGAUAAAUUCUAUCUGUUAGUUCGAUGCGUCUUGCGAAAAGCUUUUGAGUUUUUAAAAACUCGAAGUUGGGAUGCUGGAAACGUAGAUUGGCUUCUAGCUAUCCUGAAAAAUGGACCGAUUUGUCCAACAAAACCUGUAUCUGGUAUGCAGUACCACUUCAGUGACAUAUAUCUGGAAGAAUUAUCAAAAAUAUGCAAAGACGAACUAGAUUCUCAAAUGGUGUUGAAGUUUUUAGAUCCAUACUGUAUCAUUGUGGCAAGUGCAAAGAAUUAUGACAUUGUCAAUGCAGUUGCAACCAACGUCUUCCAGGAACUCGUUGAUAAUUCUAAGCCCGCCCUUGAGUUGCUCGCAGAGGAAGAAGUUACUAUAAAUGUCAAAGGUCAUACUCAAACAGAAAGUUAUGAUUCGUCACCAAUUACAGCACUGAAUGUUGAUUAUUCCGGUCUUGCUGAUCGUUUAUUUGAACUGGCAAGUCAAGAUGGUGUGUUAGCAAGGAAUAGAAAAAAGGUCUUUCGAAUGGUAGAGAAGUUUCGAGAGCUUGCUCAAGGCCGCGUUCCGCUUAGCGAUGUCCCAGAUGCAGAAUAUUCAUCUGAAGAUGAAGUUAAAAUGUUGGAAGAAGACUUAGCUAAUAAAAUCAUAUCUGAGAGCAGGAAAGAAAUGGAAGACAAGCGAGAUUAUCGGAAAACAAAAAGGCGAAAACGAAAAAGACAAAUCGAGGAUGGUGUAAAUAGUGAUGAUGAUUUAAUGGUCCCAACGGCUAUAGAUGUAAAGGAAGAUAUUGAUGCCAACACCAGUGAAAGUCUUGAAGAUUUUGAGGAUUCAUCUGAAAAUGUUGAUACCAAUAAUAAUCAAUCAUCUAUGAAUGUCAAUACUACCAAGAAAAAGAAGAAGAAAAAAAAGAUUGAACAAAAAACUAUUAUCAUUGGUUCCAAUCUUGGAAAAGAAAGUAGCAGCAGCACUUCUGAGCAAGACAUCAAUAGUACAGUAUCAGAACUUCUUCCAAAAAAGAAAAAGGACAAGAAAAAGGCAAAGAUGCUAACUGAAGUAGAAGAAAUUGCCAAAACUGAGCCCCAACCUUCCGAAAACAUCCCAGAUAUAUUACAAGAUAUUCAAGAAUGUAAACAAGCUUUAGUGAAAAAGUUGAAGCGCAAAGACAAAUUGAAAUCCAAAAAACAGUUAAAGGUGUGGUUGGAUUCUGCAACUCACAAUUCACAAGAUCAAGAAUCCAGAAAUGAUAGCGGAAAACAGGAUAAUCCGACUAUCGUAUGCUCAACAGAUGUGGAUGGUCAUGCCACUAAUGAUAAUAUUGAACCGUUAAGUAACAUUGUUCAAAAACCAAGUACUGCCAAAUCUGACAAUCAUGAAAAACCAGCGUUAAAGAAGCGCAAAAAAAAGAGGAAAAGCUUAUCCAAGCCAGAAGUCGUGAAUGAAACUGAUCUCAAUCUAUCAACUAACAGCAAUGAAAUUAGUAAUGAAAAUGAUAUCAUUGCGAAAAGUCCAUCAGUAACAAAUUCAAAAAAGAAAAAGCAGAAAAGUGAAGCUCUGGAAGAAGCACCUAAAAGUGACAUAAAUACAUCUGAAACAAAAGUGCCGAAAAAGAAAAAUAAGUCCAAUGAUGCUAUUACAGAAGGAGAAAAAUUUGCACAAAUAUUGAAUACCAACUCUGUGCCUGCGAUGUCAACCUUCUUUAAAGUUGCAGCGUCAAAAGUCGAUAGGGCAAAGAAAAACAAACACAAUGUUGCAGUAAAGAGGAAAAUACAAGAACCAGUUGCAGCGCAUUCACCAAAAAGAGUAGUUUUCGAAAUGUCUAAAACACAGAUUCAACCAUUUAGAAAGUUUGACAAGUCUACUGCUGUUAGCGCAUCACCUGGUAAUGUUGCUUUUGAUCCCAGAAAAACUCCAGAUUUUGGACUGUUGAAAAAAGGAAGGAAUCAAAAAAGAAAAAGUGCUGCUGAUUUCUUUUAGUGACUAAUAAAUACACGCCUUCCCCCUAUUUUUGUA